AUGGGUGUCCCACAAAUAUGGGAGUUUUUGAAACCACAUUUGCAAGAUUCCAGAAUACCGUUAAGAAAAUUCAUCAUUGAUUUCAAUGAAUCACAGAAAAGACCCCCAAGAAUCGCUAUUGAUGCAUAUGGAUGGUUGUUUGAAUGCGGAUUCAUUCAGAAUUCUGAUAUGAAAUCCAGAUCAAGAUCAAGAAGUCCUAUGCGUUCACCUCGGAAUAGUGAUAUAGAAACCACCCAAGAACACCAUGGUAACAGGAACUACAGAUCUACGGGAAAAGCUGUGAUAAACUUUUUAUCUCGGUUGAAGGAACUGCUGAGUCUGAACCUGGAAUUCUUACUUGUAUUUGACGGAACCAUGAAGCCUUCCUUCAAAAAGAAAUUUAACAUGGAAUCAAUUGCUACCUAUUAUGAUGAUGAAAAAGAGUACUAUUCAAAUUGGAAACAGCAUAUUGAAAAUCAUAAAAUUUAUGGCAAUUGCCAGGGGCUAUCAGCGUCAUCCGUCCCAGGUUUUCUUAGCCUUGUGCGACAAUUGUUGGACUUGAUGAACAUUUCGUAUGUAUUAGCAUGUGGAGAAGGAGAAGCACAAUGUGUUUGGCUACAAGUUUCUGGGGCUGUGGACUUUGUUUUAAGUAAUGAUUCAGAUACCCUUAUUUUUGGGGGGGAACGAAUCCUGAGAAACUACUCAAAAUUUUACAAUGAUUUUGGCCCAACUUCAAUAACUUCCCAUAGUCCAAGUAGACAUUACGAUAGCAAAGAACCUUUUAUUACUAUUGUAGAUCUAUCUAGAAUCAACCAAGUAGCACGAAGGAAAUUUGAUCGCAUAUCCCUCUUGUUUUUCAGUGUGUUAUUGGGUGCCGAUUAUAACCAUGGGAUCAAGGGCUUAGGUAAACAUAAAUCUUUGCAAUUGGCCCAAUGCAAAAAUCCCAACUUUUCCAUGGAGUUUUAUGACAUUUUCAAAGAUUUCAAGAUAGAAGACCCGGAAUCAGAGAAUUUAAGAAGGUCUCGAUAUAGUACAUUUCAAGAAACGUUAUAUUCAUAUUGCAAGGAUCAUUCCGUCCAGCUGUUUGGGAGAAAUUAUUCAGGUUUACUGAAUCAAGGUUCAUUUGAAGGUUGGCCAUCAACAGUGGCAAUUAUGCAUUAUUUUCACCCCAUUGUCCAACCACAUUUCGAUGAAGAAGUUUUCAACGAUAGGUUUGUAAAUAUGACUGGAAACGGGAAUUACAGAAAGAUAAACUUUAAUAGAUUAAAAUGUUUCUUACAAAGUUUGAGAUUACCUCAAAUCUCUAACUUCGAUAAAUGGUUCCAUGAUACCAUGCACGAGAUGUUUUUAUUAAGAGAAUUUUUGUCAUAUGACGAACCUGAUAGUAUAGGUAAAGGUAACAUGAGAAUUACAGAAGAAAAAACAGUGAAUAUAGACGGUGAUAAAUUUCAUAUUGCAUGUUUCAAAAUCCGGUAUACGACGUUCUUGCCUGAAAUUCCCAUUUCUUCUCAGUCCCUUUCGAAAUCAAAUAAUUCUCCAAGCAGAAGUAAGAGCCCUACACGGCGUCAGGCAGAUAUAAUAGAUUACCCCAACAGUCUCUGGUUACCCAAAUAUUUGAUACCUCAGUCCCAUCCAUUAGUAGUUCAAUAUUAUGAGACACAGCAAACUGUAUUAAAGGGAAAAAAAGGGAAUAAAACGAAGAAGACUGGAUCGUGGCAGAAGAAUAACUUAGAUGAUUUCCUACGAAAGCAUGCAUCGCCAAUUAAGAAUAUCCAAAAGCUAGAUGAAUCGAAGAAGCAAAUCUUGAAACCUGUAAAGAAGCGACUUUUUGUAGACACAGACGAAGACACAAGUUUAGAAGAAAUACCAGCCCCCAUUGUAUCAACCGCCACGGAUAAACACAGCGAUUUUAACGAUGAUAACGAUGAUUCAUUGAUUUUUGUUGACGAGGUUACAAACAGCCAAACUAUACUAGAUAAUUCGCCUAGCAAAAGAUUUUGGGAUCUUACUCAGGAUGAACCGACUGAAGCUGGAAAGACUGUAAUGGAAGUGUCGCCAAUUAAAAAGUCAAGGAUCGGUAGUGAUGAGAAAAAUGUGCCUCCAUCAAUAACCUGUUCAAAGUCAGACUUAAUAACCUCCACAGCCAAUGUUCAUCUUCGAAGUCCCAAGAUGCUGUCUUCAAACGUGACAGGCCUACGGUUAAAGAGAGAGAAUUCCUCUGUUCUUGAUCAACUUGUCACAGACGCCCAAGAAACAAUUAAUCGAUUUGUUGCUUAUGACAGUGACAGUAGUAGCAGCAUUGAAUGA